CAUCAGAGGUUUCCCAGACUCUGCAGGGGUCAGAAACAAAGACAAAAAUGAGUAAGCGCAACUCAAAGCACACAAUUCUCAAAGAAGAACCCUAUACAAUACAUUAUUGCUAAGGAAAACGGUACAUUUGAUGCUGGGAUAUUAUAAUAUUGUAAUAUUGGAUAUUAUGGAGUAAAGAGAGAUUAUGCAAACCAGUUGUUUUUAUUAUGGAACUUUAUUUGCUUGAAUUUAUUUACUUUACAAGUACUGCUGUUGCACUUUUGAAAAAUUAACAGUCAGUAUUAAUAAGUCUUGUAAAUCAUUCCAAUCCAAGAAUAUAAUUAAAAGAUGCGCCAAGUACUUUCCCCCCAAAAUGUAUGUUUAUCACCCAAAAUAAUUUUUGACAUUGGUUAAAAAUUAUGUAUACUGGUAUGUGGUAUACCAGCACUUUUUCAACAUUAGGGCGAUCCAACCGCAAGCUAGACGCCAUGUUGAUAUCACAUGACCAGCCGCGUACUUUACAUUGGGUGACGCUGCCAUAAUAACGUCACGCGCUGUCAGAAAUACCCUCCGCCAGAGCCCUUUUAAUAUGUAGACUAUAAGCUUGCUUAACGCGGCGGUCCCAUAAACAUUCUAUGGGUGGUGCACUGGCGAGGAGACAAGAGGCCGUUUUUUUCUUUAAAUGAAUGUCUAUGGAGGAGAUGGUGAAUAAAUAGCUUUUUGUGAGGAAAUAGCUUAUCUAAUGAAUUUACCGCCUGUCCACUAAUUUUAAACAUUUUACAUACAAAAAAAAAAAAUCAUUUUGGAAUUAACUACGUGUGGUGUUUAAUACGAUAAAAGUGCUGUUUUAUUAAGAAAACAUGUACAUUUUGCGACAAGGAAGGUGUCAGUUUACGACUCUCCCCAUUCAUUUGUAUGGUAUCCGUAAAAGUUGACUUAUUGUCGUAAUUCGCUAGAUGACCGCAGCGCUCUCUCCUAUGAUAAAAUUGCAGAGAUUGUCAUCUAUUAACAUAGAUGAUGCUCCGGGAUCCCAAAAGGAAGACGUUUUAAUGACAUCGCUGUCUUACGACGGCGUGCGUAUAAUCAGAGUUUACGCGUUUUUUUCUUGACGUUACAAACGCAUUUUGAGAUCUCUUCUAUUUGUAAAACCUGUGGUGCAGUGUUGUCAGCUUUAAUGCUGUUUGCAGGAGGAAAAUAUGGACCAUGUUUAUGCUUUAGCCGCGGAGACACUACCAAAAGUGGCGAGAAAGCGACAGAGAACUGAAAAAAAGCGAGAGAGAGACCGACUGAGGCAAAAAUUCAGAGUAUACAUCGGCGAGGCCUAUUUUAGGUGGAAAGCGCUAAUGGCAGAGAAAGGAAUGAAGAAUGACGCGGAGGUUGCUCAUUAUCUGCUGGACAGGGUGUGCGGUAAACAGCUUUCAGAAGACCAUUUUGGGGCACCUCGCAGAAAAAAAGGAAGACCACGGAAAAUAAUUGUGCCGGAAAUCGAGGAGACCCUGAAUGAUUCAUCCCAGCCCAGUCCAGAUCCACAAUCACCAGACCCAUGUCAGCCCAUCCAGGACCCAGAGUCAACAGAUCUCUCUCAGGGCAGUUCGGAUACCCAGUCUCCUUAUGAAAGUGGCAAUGUAGAGAUCUUUGGGAUCUCUUAUGACCUCCCUGCUACAUUGCCGAAGCAAUUAAACGAACCAGCACAGUUUGAAAUAAAAAUGGAAGAGUUUGAAGUAGAUGUCAGCACUAGAUCCUGUUCUCCGUCGGACAAUCUCAAUUUUGUAAUUAAAAGUUCAACGUCAAGCACAACUACAGCAGAAGAAAACGAAGAACUCUGGAAGGCAAUAAAAGAAGAACAAGAACAGAUUGAACUGCAACCGGAAGGUUGUUUACAUGUCGGCGUGAGUUCCGUUGCUCCAUCAGACAAUGAGGAUCUCUGCUCAACUACACAAGAAAUUGUGCUGGAAAAGGCACAGAAAUGGGGGGCCAACAAUCCCAGUUUGACAGGACUCUUCAGGACCUGUCAUCAAUGUGGAGAUCCAGUUCUGGAAUUCAAAACUGUACAAUCGGGGAGCCUCGUCCGCGUUCAGUGGGAAUGUUCGAAGGGACAUCUCAUGUGGCUUUACCCCAACAACAACCCAACGUAGUACAAAUGGAAAAACCAGACAAGGAAGAAAAGGACUUUGAAGUUUGUCUAGGUUUAAUUAAAUCGAGUGAAUGAAAAAAUAAAAGGUAGUUUGAUACAGCUUUUUGCUUUCAUUCGUGCCUUUACACAAUAUACUCAGUAACACUUUGUAAGGCAAAAUUCUGCGGGCGAAGGCAGCAUGUGCGGAUGUUGAGUGCAGAGGCUGCUGCCUCUUUUUAUUGCAACACUUUAUACUCUGUGAGAGUGAUGUUAAAAAGAAACAAGCCACUAAUGCAUCCUACGUACUACACGACUUUCAAAGAUGUCGGAUUGUGGUACCGUUCAUAUUACACAACUGUCUGUCUCGUCAAUGAAGUCGUAGAGUUUUCAAAUUACACGACAAGGGUGAACACAUUACAAAACAUUAUACUAUUGACGAAUCCCCGACGACUACGUUGUGAAACGUAAUUUGGAGUCCAGGCAGAGUACACGCGAGAAGGGAUAAGAGAUACGAAAACAAAUGCAUGAUCAUAUGUUAUGCAUUUCAGAAGAUAAUGUGUAUGUUUUUAAAUCGCCUAAAAAGGCAUCAUAUUUUAUUGGUUACUAUAUGAAAAAGUUCCUCCUGAAAAAUCUACCCAUUUGCUUCCCUGACUGUCCAAGAGAAUUUGCGAUUUGCCCGGUUGUGGUACAGUUCAGAUGAAACUAGGCACUGGUGCUCCUGCCAAUGUUCCACACAUUUUCCCUCCAUUUCUUCGGUCCAAUGAGACUUUCUUAAAUUCCGCAGAUAUCCUAGUUGAUGUUCUGUUGCAGGUACAUCAGGACCCCUCCCACUGAAACUUCCAGUGCCCAGUUUCUUGCUCUCUCACUGGCUGUAGGUCAACGCUGCAGUUGUAUUCAGUCAAAAUAUAUUUCACAUCGCACGAUUUGGAAUCGCAGAUAGGUCCAGAUAUUUAACAUGCUAGAUGGCACGCUGACAUCGGCGAUGCAUCAGCUCUUUUCUUAGAUCGCGUCUAUGAGAAUUCAUACAUUGCUUUCACUCACGGUAGCGAGCUCCGAUUUGCCUAUGAUUUCCGAUUUCGGGCGUUUGUCUGCGAUCUUCACAAAACUGUCGGUAGGUGAAAAUCGGGCCUAAAAUAGUGUAAAUUCUGCAUAAAAUUAUGUCCUUGUCCAUUGUGAAUAUUCACCGCCCACACAGAGGUCAGGUUCACAUCACCUUUACAUUGCAUCUGU